AUGCAUAGAGGGAAUAACACAGACGUGGCUGACUUCAUCCUGGUGGGAUUUGCCGAUGCUGAGGACAUCCGGCUGGUGCUCUUUGUGCUGUUUCUGCUGAUCUACCUGGUCACCGUGCUGGGGAAUGCGGGCAUGAUACUGCUCAUCCGCCUGGAUGCCCAGCUGCACACACCCAUGUAUUUCUUCCUCAGUCACCUGUCUUUCAUUGAUCUCAGUUACUCAAAUGUCAUCACCCCUAAAACAAUAGGGAACUUACUGACCUCCAACAAGAAGAUUUCCUAUGUGAAUUGCUUCACCCAAAUGUACUUUUUUAUCUUGUUUGGUGCUGCAGAAUGUUUUCUCCUGUCCUCCAUGGCCUAUGACCGCUACGUAGCCAUCUGCAAUCCUCUCCACUACCCGGUCAUCAUGUCCACAAGACGCUGCUGCUCCCUUGUUUUCGGGUCCUAUGUUGUAGGGCUUAUAGAUUCUCUAGUCAAUGAGCUUUGCAUGAGGACAUUGCAUUUCUGCAACUCCAAUGUAAUCCAUCAUUUUUUCUGUGACUCAUCCCCAAUUUUAGCCCUCUCUUGCACUGAAACCCAGGACACUGAACUCAUGAUUUUCAUUUUUGCUGGCUCCACCCUUGUGGUCUCUCUUAUCACAAUAUCAGUUUCCUACAUUUCCAUUCUCUCUACUAUCCUGAAAAUUAAUUCUGCUUCGGGAAAGAGAAAAGCCUUUUCCACCUGUGGCUCCCAUCUCUUGGCCGUCACCAUCUUCUAUAGCACCAUGAUCUUCACUUAUUUAAGACCAAGUACAUCCUACUCUCUGGGAAAGGACCAGGUGGCUUCUGUGUUUUACACGAUCGUGACCCCUAUGCUGAACCCACUCAUUUACAGCCUCCGCAACAAAGAGGUGAAAAAUGCUGUCCUGAGAGUCCUGCAGAGGAGAGAGGACUCCAGGCACUGGAAAUAG